AUGGCAGGCUCCAAAAUUCUGGUUCUCGGUGGCACCGGCCCCGCGGGAAUCUGCCUGCUACGAGAACUCGUCUAUCGCAAGCAUGCGACGAUAGUCUACGCUAGGAAUCCGUCCAAGAUCCCCGAGGAUUUGGCAGAUCAUGAGCUAAUCGAGGUUGUCAAGGGCGAGAUGAACGACCUUGAAACCCUCUCUGCAGCAAUCGCCCAGAGCUAUAUAGUCCUCUCGCUCCUGGGACCAAACAUACUAGAUAAGAACAUGGAGCCGACACUAUUCGCCGACAUGUACAAAUCAUCCGUGUUCCCGCUAAUGCGCCAACACGGGGUGAAACGCAUAUACGCCAUGGGAACUAUAUCGCUCUAUCGACCGGAGGAUCACUGGGUGCUAUCUCGGUCCGUAGUCGUCACUUUCGUGCGGCUCUUCGCGAAUAGAGCAUAUCAGAAUAUCAUCAAUCUUGCGAAGGUGUUUGACGAGGAUGCCGAUGGGCUUGAUUGGACGGUCUUUCGGAUUGCGAUGAUCCCGGGAAACGCGGAUGAGGAGAGUUGGCGGAGGGAUAGGGAGGAUGGGGAGGCGUUCGCGGGUCCUGUUGGGGCGAAGGGAUGGAGUAUUUCUCAGACUCGGGCAGCGCUUGCUCGGUGGCUGGUUGAUUCUGUAGAGCGGGGAGGGGACGAGUGGGUGGGCAAGAUGCCGGCUGUUUGUAAGAAGGCAGCUUGA